CCAUUUUGCGUUCAGUCUCGUCUUCUCAACGUCCAUCUGUCGUUCCGUUUCUACCAGGCGCAUCAGAUCAUUAAACAAAGAUGUCUUCUGAUGAGGGAAAACUCUUCAUUGGUGGGCUCAGCUAUGAGACCACAGAGCAGUCCUUGGAGGAUGCCUUUUCCAAGUAUGGAUCCAUUGCCAAAGUUGAUGUGAUCAGAGAUCGUGAGACUGACCGAUCCAGAGGUUUUGGGUUUGUUACAUUCGAGAAUCCAGAUGAUGCCAAGGAUGCCAUGACUGCCAUGAAUGGAAAGACGGUUGAUGGCAGAACAAUUCGUGUUGAUGAAGCUGGAAAGUCUGGAAGGUCAGGUGGCUUCAGAGGCUCUGGCAGAGGAUUCAGAGGAGGCAGAGGAAGAGGUGGUGGAUAUGGUGAUAGAAGCUAUGGGGACAGAGGAUAUGGUGGAGACAGGGGCUACAGCAGUGGACGUGGGGGCUAUGGGGGAGACCGUGGUUAUGGAAGUAGAGAUCGCAGCUAUGGCAGUGGUGACAGGAGCUAUGGAAGCAGUGGCUACUCCAACAGGAGUGGAGGAUACUCUAGUGGUGGAGGAUACAGAGACAACAGCAGGUCCCAGAGUGGUUAUGGCUCCUACAGAGACAGCUAUGACAGCUAUGCUACACACGAGUAAAAAUCCUGAUUUCAAGAUCAUCCCAUCGCUGGCUGUAUUAGAUGUGCUCUUCGAAGAUUUUUGGUUUUCACUGUUGUCAGUUUUACUCGUUCUA